UAGGCCUAUGAACAAAUAUGAUACAGAAGACACAGCAAGCGUGAUAAAGGAAAUAUAAGGGGGUGGGGGACAGAAAUGGGGCCUAUGCUGUGUGGUUUGUGAUGCGCUCCUGUCUUGGAGCUCUGAUAGAUGUUUAGGGCGUAGUCGGUGCAGUAAAAGCUAUAUAUAAGCCUGGCAAAACAAGAGCAUUGAAAACUGGUCGUUUAUGGUGAGAUGAAUAACUCCGUAUGUGAAGCCAAACUAUUUAAGUAUAUAGGUAUAACCUCAAAUCGCACAAUAAUUAAUGCUUAAAUGCUUAUCAUUCAUUCAAAAGAAAAGCUAACCUAAUUACUUUCCAAAAAAACGUAUAUUUGUUUGCUCAACAAAUUUCAUAAAAACGAAGUUAAAUAAGUCUAUUGCACACUUUUCGUCAUCACUGCGUGAUUCAAGAGUGAUAGCAUACUAAAAAGCAGACAACCUGAAACAACCCAAUAGGUAGAGCGUUAUUGAAGGCAACAUUUAGGCUACACGCAGCCAGAACAUCAUGGCUUGUGCCGACAUUCCCAUGGACAUCCUUGGGGAGGAGGAAUAUAACAGAGGAGACCAGAAAGACCCAGUGAUACAACAUUACAAACCAACGAAAUUGGUGCCUUGCGCAAAGGGUCCGUUGCAUGACUUGCUACAGAAGCAACCCGCUGUCUUAGGGAGUCUGCAAUUAAUAAACGGGUUGAUGAGUUUUGGAGUCGGAGUCUUGUUCGCGGUGACCCAGGGAGUGACUCAUACCCUUUUAGCGUUGUUCAGGGUCCCACUCCUGACUGGAUCACUGUUUUUUAUUUCUGGAUUGUUGUCCAAUCUUCUGUUCAAAUUUCCAAGAUUACUACCUGUCUGCAUGUUUGCCAACACUGGCUCCAUAACUGUAGCGGCUGUUGGGUGUGUGCUAAUUUGCAUAGAUUUCUUUGUCUCAGCAUUCCAGGUUGAAUAUCGGAAGAUGGAGGUGCUGAUGCUCUGUGUGUUGGUGAUGGAAAUGAUCAUAUCUACAGUUCUCACCAAAUGGAUGUAUGUGGAACAACAUAAUCAUUCAAAAUGAGCAAAACCAUUCUUAGGAGGACAGCAUCCAAAAUACAUCUUAUAACUGGAAAUGUGCUCCCAGUGUAUACAUCUCGGAAAGAAAGAUAUGAUGUUCUUCUUACUGUUUUAGUUCUCAGAGCUUUAGAGAAGCUGCGGUCUACAUCCUUUUGUAGCACAUACACUUGCUAAAUGUGGAAUGAGAGCAGCAGUGGGCUUGUGGUUAAAAAGCUAGUUUCACAAGGGCACACAGGCAAACACUGUUCAGUACAAUUUCCUUCUUGAUUUGUGGUUCCAGUUUAAGGUAUCAUUGUAUCUAUGUGCAAGGAGUUUCCAUGGUAGUGAGGGUAGGGGGAGGGCAAAUUGGGAUUAUGUACUGUAGCUUGGCUGUUAUUGACUGUAGAAUGUAUUAGACUUAAGGCAUUAGGAAGAAAACAUUGUGAUAUUUUUUU